AUGAAGCUCAGGACAUUCCACGUUCUGUGCUACCUGUGCCUGUUAUACGCGUUUGUACAAUCGAAGAAGAUCGGCCGGGGAAACCAGCCCGUUCCGAACCCCUUAGCCCCACCUACCUCGCAAGAGCAUGGGGAUCUUGAGGACGCAAAUAAUCCACGGGACAAACGAGCAUUAGGUCUGAUUCUUUCAGGUUUGGCUCAGGUUUUCGGCUAUACAGUGAACCCUGUCCAAAUAGCCUCGUUGCCCAAUCCAAGCCCCGAGUCAGACGAGGCAAGAAGCAUCCAGCCGAUGAUGAACACCGGUCAAAUGAAUUCCACGAAACAAAACAGCUCGUCGACAACCAUGGCACCUGGACAGCGAGAAACCAUCAGGUUCACGGGUGUCGUGAACUUUGGCAAUGGCACGGAUGUGCUGACCCAGUUGCAACAAUACGAGAGACUCUUCCAUGGGAGCAACGAUAGCUCUUCCACGACCACUCAGCCACCACCUCCGUCAUCAACCCAGUCACCUCAGUUCGACCCGAGGACGACCUCUAACCAGCCGAUACCCCCUCUCCUAGUGAAAAUCCCGCUACCAACCGUGUCAGAGAGCCCCUUGCCAGCCAUGCCCCAACCACCCUUGCCUGAGAUCCCACCCCAAGACAUUAACCUGACUUAUCCUGAACCGUUCAUUCCAGUUCGCAUGCAGCAGCAGACGGUUUACAGGAUGAACAUGAGCACGGAGAAAGUGACAAUGGAGAACAAGCCAAUUUUCGACGGGAAGGACGUCCAUUCGCCUUCUCCACCUACCAUGUUCCUUCCUCAAACCGAGGAGCCACAUUGGAAGCAGGAACACGAGAUCAGAUUGACGGAGUUGGAACGUAAGCAGGAGGAACAGGCACAGAGACUGAGGGAACAGGAGUUUUACAGGAACCGUCAGAAGGAUAGUGAUCAUAGCGGAGAAGAUGAGAGGGAGUACAGUGGUAAGGAGAAGCAGAUAGGUCACGGAGGCCAAGGAUCAGGGUGUAGAAAGGAACACGAGGAAGAGGACCAGUCCAGGGAGAGGUACGAGAGUGGCGAGAAGAUUAGGGAAUACCCUACGACUCAGAGGACGAUGGAGCAAGAAAACAGUGGUGAGGAUGAUGGGAGGUACCAGGAUUACAAGAACGACGAUGUCUACAGGGAAGACGCGCCUCAGGUUAGCGAGAACUACACCAGCAUACAGUACAGCGAGCCUCUGCCACUGAGCGAGGAUGACGAGCAAAGAAGACCCGAGGAACUGCGCAAUAGCUAUGGAGAACUUCUGUACAAUCAGCAACUGUUCGACGACGGGUUCGCCAACUUCUUCGACAAGCUGAAGCAGCCAUUGAGCGACAUCUAUAGCUCGUCUAGGCCUCAGGUUUCUAAGGAAGAGACCUCUAAGGAGGAGGAAGACUCGCGUGAUAACCAGAAAGAUGAAGACAGAAGUGACGAGAAAAGUAGAGAAGAGGAAGACUUGCCAGCAAGAAAUAGGUACGAAGAGUACAACUUAGAGGAGGAGACUGAUACCAGGAGAAAGGAUGGAAAAGAGCCUGUUGGAGACUCCCCUGAGCCACCGAUCAAGUACUCCAAUGAGGUUCCAUCGAAUGUAGAGAAUAGGUCUGAUCUCGAGGAGCACAGGUCGUCGGAGGAACUGGAUUUCAACAAGUACAUGCCUCUGGUCGUCCCUGUUCGAUACCUGACUGCUCCUGAGGAACUGGAGAAGGCCAAGUCGAGACUUUCGAUGACCGAUAAGUCAAGGAAGGAUAAUAACGUAUUGAACGCUGAGGCAACGAGCAAGCUCACGUCUAAGGAGUCAAAGCGACCAAAGAAGGAGAACCUGAAGCCUGUGAUUGGUCUUCCGGAGAGACAGAUGCCGAAGAAGCUUCACGAGGGUGAGCAAAAGGAGCUGCAAAUAUGGCCACCGCCUUUCGAUUUCGUCCUGGAUAGUACUAUUCACGCCAACGUGGUCCCUAGUCCAGAUAACGUGAACGCCAAAGUCUCUAAUACUCGUCGAAAGUCGAAAUCUAUUGGUAAAAUAAAGGAAGGAAGACACGACAGAGGUAGAGGCCCAGUUAUAGAUUCCACGCAAAGACCUUAUAAUUACCCAGAAGGCUUCAAGAAUAAUCUGGAAUAUGGAGCUGUUCCUAGGGAGCAACUGAUGCUGAAUGAACCUCUAAAUGCUGUCAAGAAUCGGACACGUUCCGAAAAUGAGUCAGCAAGGUCUGAUCAGAAGGAUCCCAGAAAAGCAGCGAAUUUUUUGGAUCGUUACAAGUAUACUGCCAACAAUAACAAUUAUGGGAACCCGAGACAGAGUAUAGAGAUACAACACUCCUCAGAGCAACGAAUCCCAAGUACGUUGCACUCGAAGAAGUUUGAGUCCCUGAAACGUAGUAUAGAGAAGAGUGAACCUAAUACAGGGAACAAGAAGCAGGUGAAUGAUAAAACUCGCAUAACACAAGACGCUCAAGUUAUUCGUCAGAUGUCCGAGCCAACACCUUUCUCUGAUCCCAGGCAGAAUUAUAAUUUCUUUGACUUUGGUGGAAACGCUUAUGGCUACGACUAUGGCAGGGGAAACGAGAGAUUGCCAGGAAUUUUCGAAGGUGACAAAAAGAUCGGGGACGAAGGAACAAUUGGCUUUGCUAUGCCACAACAGAACGUGUAUCGCUAUGACGAAAGCUUAACGAAAUUCGCCAAUGAACCGGAAAGCAAAGGCGUGAAAGUUGGAGAUUAUGCGAAUGGUGCUGCUGCCGCUAUGAGAAUGGUGGAACAAGAACAGAUCGGUUCGAAUGGACCGAUCACUUAUGUCGAUUACACUCACAUCUUGUAG